CUCUAAUGCGUCUGAUUUAAAAGCGUCUGUUAACUUUGCGCUACUGCGCAUAUGCAAGUUGCAGAAUUGUCCGUUGGAGCGAUCGUUGAAAGUGGUAAACCUUGUUCGUUGAGAACCAUUCCGAUCUUUUCGCUUGAGAAGUGUUGAGAAAACGUGAACCGUUACAUUAUUAAAGCUAAAAAUGCCGAAGUCGAAAGAAUAUGUGUCUGACAGUGAUGAUAGCAGUGAGGAGGAAGUAAAAUCAAGUAAGAAGAAACAAAAGAGAGAUAGAGAUGAAGAUGAAGAGGCACCGAAGAAAUCGACAAAGAAACCAAAAACAGAAGAUGAAGAAGAUCUCUGGGAUUUGGGUAACAAUCGCCGAGUAAAUGUGAGAAAUUUCAAAGGGAAAUAUUAUGUUGAUAUCCGGGAGAUGUAUUAUGACAAGGAUGGUGAUUUAAAACCUGGCAAAAAGGGGAUAUGCUUAACUAUGCAACAAUGGCGGAAGUUCAUGGAUGUUGUGGAAGAGGUGGAUAAAGUGGCAAAAUCAAAAAGUUAGAAUUUAAAGUCUAACAAAUUCUCAUUUAAAAAUAUGUUUGACAUUCAUGAUUUUUCCAAUGUUAAGAUUUAAAAUAUGUGUAUACCAUCGUAUAUAUUUUUUUCAAGUACUAAACUAGAAGUGAUUUUCUGAAUUUAAAGGAAACUAAAAGUUACAUAAAAAUAUAUACAUUAUUUUGGAAAGUGUAUCUGUAUUCAAGAAAAUUACAUUUGUCAGCAAAUUAUAAUGGAAAAAUAACAUAAUUUUAUUUACUAUUUUUUUAUCGAAAAAAUAUUGAAAACUAUUAUGUUGCAUCUUAUUUGUGUUUUCAAGUUUUCAUAACUUACCGAAAUAAUAUAAAUUGUAGUCAAAUGUAUAUUGUAUUGAUACAUAUUUUGUUUCACUUGUGCUUUUGUAUCAUAAAAAGAUCACAUGCAUUGUACCUCAUAGAGAUAUAAUGGCUCCUAAUAUAUUUCAGCCGCUUAUUCAUUCCCAGAAAUCAUUUCUUUUUAAGUUAUUCUUGGAAUUAUAACAAAUAAAAUUUAGUUGUCAAAGA